CUGUUAACUAAAAUAUGGUUAUCCGUAUUUUCAAAUAAAUAUAAAAUACAAGUGGCCGGAUAGCGCCAUCUAGCAUUGCAGUUGACACGGUGUAGCUCGGCUGCUUUUUAUGACGUCAUUUCCGGUUGAGCAAAAACAACAACAGAAGUCAGCUGUUUGUAAGCGGAGGCGAUAAAUAACAAACAUCCUUUUUUAAAACACAGUUUCUGUUAUCCCGUAGCCACGCAGCGCAUGCGCUUAGCUUAUGAUACACAUAUUUGUACAGUUGCACUUCCGGCAACAACUCUUUUUUUUUUUUCCUCCUUUCGUCCUGACGUUAGCUUCUUAGCAGGCUAGCUUUGAAACUACCGCGGAAGGUGACCAGAAGGAUUUAUGGCAAAGCCGGCUCACAAGACCUCCAGGUGGCGAGUCUGACCGCCGCCAACAUGUCGCCUCGUAAAAGAGCCCUGGUUCCCAUCGGGAAGCGUCGGAAAGCCACGGACGACUACUUCCCUUUCGAUCUGCUCCCGGUGGAAUGCCAGCUCCAUGUUCUGUCGUUCCUGAACGAGGUGGAUAAAUGCAGCUGCGCUUUGGUUUGCCUGAGCUGGAGCCGCCUGAUUCGCUCGUGGAAGCUGUGGCGUGUCGCCGACUAUUCCCGCCGCGGAGUCUUCCACCUGGGUCAGGAGGGACUUCUGGUGUCCAAUCGCGUCUUUGACCGCUGGAAGUCGUGGGUUCACCACUACACCCAUCACCUCAUCUCGCGGCGGGCAAGUCUUCUCACGUUGAAGGCCAGCUUCGAUUUAGGGGACCGCUUCCACAAGUGGGGAGACCUUCUGUGCCACCUCCUGGACCACGUCCACUGCCGGGACCUCAGUCAUCUGGACCUGAACUGGACCUUUACUCUUCUGGAGCCGCUGGAUCUCAGAGUGCAUUCCAGCUCCAGUUCCCAUCAGGACAGCAUCACUAAAAUGGACCAGGUGACCAGCUUCCAGGAGCUUCUCAGCAAACUCACCGAGACCUGUCCUCGCAUCGCGAAGAUGCGUUUACACUUCGACUGGUCCGAGUUGUCCGUGUCGCUGCUCGGCCGAUUCCGACAUCUCCGAGUCCUGGAGCUCAAGUACUUCUGGGUUUUCAAAGGAGUGACUCCAUCCACGUUGCAGACUCUGACCGCGUCGCUCCCAAACCUGAAGUCUCUGACUUUACACAUCCUGGUGCCGCUGAGGAACCUCGGCAUCUCCUACACUCUGGAGUCGCUGUCUCUGGAGUUCUUGGAUGUGUCGCAGAGCAGGGGUCUGGUCUUCUCGUGUCUUAAGCUGCCCACUCUUCGUGAGCUCCGAGCCAAGAAGAUCGUGCGUGGCAUCACACUGGACAGGCGCACCCGGCUGAGGAUCCAGAGCCGGUGGCCCUGCAUGUACCACGUCCUCCGGGAGGGGACGCCGAGGCUCCAGGCCCUCAACAAUGAGAGACUCCUGCCCACGUGGAGAGAGAAGAUCUACGGGGAGCUGUCAGUCAUCCUGGAGCAGUCCUGUUACUGCGUCCAGCAUCUGGACAGCUGGCUGUGGUAGACCACCUCCAGCUGAAGGUGGUCUUGGUCUCACCGUUCAGUCAAAAAAAACGUAGAAUUGGUUCCAGACCCGCUGCCUUACUUAAUUAUUCAUUAUUAGAGCCCUCCAUACAUAAUAUAACACCCCUACAGUCACUUUGACAUUCCUAUUCUUUGUUUUACUGCAGGAUCACUGCACACGGCCACUGCUAGCUUACUGAGCUAGCAACCUAGCCUCGCUAAUUGACUUAUUUUCAAUGUAAUAAAAAGUUUCAAAUCAAACAGAGUGGGGUAGAAGGACAAAGAAGACAAAACAAACUUACCACUUCCACAAUGAGUGAGAGGAGAACCUUGACUUGUCGGCCCAUCCGCGGCAGUCAUUCAUUCUUUUAGGAAAAAGGGCACUACGGCGCUGAGAACCCACAGCCUGUUUGUCCAUGAAAUAUACAGUACUGGGUGUGCUGCGUUUGGGUUCCAUAUGACGUUUUGGGACUGAUUCAUGAUUUUUAUUCCGAUAAUGAAAAUGUUGAAGGAAUGUAUUUGUGAAAUAUUUCAUGAUGUGUAGAAUAAAAUAAUCGAGCUACUGAAAGAAA